GGGGGGGGGGGGCAGCAGCUAGUGACAAACCCGGCGAGAGCGAGCUUUGGGCAUGAGAGAGAGAGGGAAGCAGAGGGAGAGAGAGACUUAAAAGAAAUAGGAGGGGCUUGUGAGAGACUAGAAAUGUCAAUCAGAGCCCAGAGUCCCAAUAAUCUCAGGCAAUCUGUUAGGACCUGACCUGGGUCCACUCAGAUCAAUAGGAAAACUGAGAGAAGAAAGAAGCGAUCGGAUCGUUUACCGCGGCGGCCGAAGGCAGGAGGGAGCCCGCGGCCUCCGCGCAUCCCCGGUUCCCCCCUCCAUGUCCACCGGAGUUUGCAGGAGGCGCUGAAAGUGUGGGCGGCCGGCGAGGGCAAGCGACCCGGCUCCCUCCUCCGCUGCCGGCCCUGCUACUUUCUCCCUUUUCUUUCCCUUCUUCCUCUUUUCUCCCCCCCUCCUCCUUUCCCCCCUCCCCUGCCCCCGCUCCCACACCAUGUCUUUCCCCCAGCUGGGCUACCAGUACAUCAGGCCGAUUUACCCAGCGGAGCGCCCGGGGAGCGGCGGCUCUCGCAGCGGCGCCGAGCUGGCCCCGUCCGGGACUCUCUCCAACGUGCUCUCCUCCAUGUACAGCGCGCCCUACGCCGCCGCUGCUGCCGCCGCCCAGAGCUACGGAGCGUUCCUGCCCUACGCCGCCGAGCUGCCCAUCUUCCCCCAGCUGGGCGCCCAGUACGAGCUGAAGGAGAGCCCGGGGGUGCAGCACGCAGCUUUCCCCCACCACCACCCCGCCUUCUACCCCUACGGGCAGUACCAGUUCGGGGACCCGUCGCGGCCCAAGAAUGCCACCCGGGAGAGCACCAGCACCCUCAAGGCCUGGCUCAAUGAGCACCGGAAAAACCCCUACCCCACCAAGGGCGAGAAGAUCAUGCUGGCUAUCAUCACCAAAAUGACCCUCACCCAGGUCUCCACCUGGUUCGCCAAUGCACGGCGGAGGCUCAAAAAGGAGAACAAAAUGACCUGGGCCCCCCGAAGCAGAACGGACGAGGAGGGCAACUCCUACGGGAGCGAUCACGAGGGGGAAGAGGACAAGCGGGAGGACGAGGAAGAGAUCGACCUGGAGAACAUCGACACCGAGAACAUCGAGAGCAACAAGGACGACCUGGAGGACGAGCUGCAGGACGCCGACCUCCUGCACUCCGACUCCAAGACCGACUCGGAGGGCUCCGAGGGCUUCGAGGACCUGCCCAGCUCCGAGGAGCGCUUCGUCAAGGCCGCCGAGGGGGAGCCGCACCAUCUCCGCCACCACCACCUCCACCACCACCAUCAUCACCAUCACAAGUGCGAGCUCCCCUCCGCAGCCCUGGAGCCCCUCAAGCCGCCCCUGCAGCAGCCGCACCACCAGCUCUCGCCCCCCUCCUCUGCCUCUUCCUCCGCCGCCUCCUCCCCGACGGACGGCGCUUUGGCCGGUACCCUGCCGAAGCCCAAGAUCUGGUCGCUGGCUGAGACGGCCACCAGCCCGGACAACCCCCGCAAGUCUCCCGGCGGCGGCUCCCCGCCCGCAGCCGCCCCGCUGCCGCUGCCCCCUCCGCCGCCGCCCCACAGACUCGUCUCCUCUUGCCCCCUGAGCAAGUUCUCCAACUGGACCAACCGCGCCUUCCCGGCCCACCACCACCAUCACCACCCGGCCCCCCACCCGCUGGCCUUACUGAACACCCCCCACCUCCUGGGGCUGGGGGCAGCUCCCGCCGCUCCCCCCGCCGCCACCUUCCCGCGGCCCGCGGCCCAGGCGCAGAGCGCGGAGCCCGCCGGAGCAGGCCCCAGAACCAACUUGAUGCCGCUAUGGUUCUAUCGGCGUUGUCAUCAUCAUAGUUAAUUUUUUGUAAUUGUUGUUGUAAUGACUGUAAAAACAAAACAAAAAAAAUAAUCUCUGUAUAGUUACAACUUGUAAGCAUGUCCGUAUAUUAAAACUAAAAAGGAAAAAAAAAAUAUACCCGCUUCUGUACUACCACCUGGAUUAGCUGAGUAUGUGAGGUUUUUUGGAAGUCCAGUGAGAAAUAGGUGUUUCGAUUUUUUUUUUUUUUGGUUGUUGUUGUUUGUUUUUGUACAUACAGUAAAAAUGUACAUACGUGUGAACCAAAUUGUACAAGAAAGUAUAUAUUUUUGGCUAAUAAAUAAACUGUUGCCACUUUGACUACA